CGCCGGUCGCGGCCCGCGCCCUGCACCCUGCGCUGUGCGUUGUGCAGCGCCGCCGCUCCCCCUGCACCGGCCGCCAUGGACCCGGCCCCGGCCGACCCCGUCCCCGCCAUCCGCGACGGCUGGUUCCGCGAGACCUGCAGCCUCUGGCCCGGACAGGCCAUGGCCCUGCAAGUCGACCGGCUGCUGCACCACCGCCGCUCCCGCUACCAGGAGAUCCUCGUCUUCCGCAGUAAAACCUACGGGAACGUGCUGGUGCUGGACGGGGUCAUCCAGUGCACGGAGAGGGACGAAUUCUCCUAUCAGGAAAUGAUCGCCAACCUGCCCCUGUGCAGCCACCCCAGCCCCCGGAAGGUGCUGAUCAUCGGCGGCGGGGACGGGGGCGUGCUGCGGGAGGUGGUCAAGCACCCGACCGUGGAAUCGGUGGUCCAGUGUGAGAUCGAUGAGGACGUCAUCGAGGUUUCCAAGAAGUACCUGCCCGGGAUGGCCGUGGGCUACUCCAGCCCCAAGCUGACGCUCCACGUGCGGGACGGCUUCGAGUUCAUGCAGCAGAACCAGGACGCCUUCGACGUCAUCAUCACCGACUCUUCGGACCCCAUGGGCCCCGCUGAGAGCUUGUUUAAAGAGUCGUACUAUCAGCUGAUGAAGAUGGCGCUGAGGGAAGGUGGUAUCCUCUGCUGCCAGGGCGAGUGCCAGUGGCUCCAUCUGGACCUCAUCAAGGAGAUGCGCCAGUUCUGCAAAUCCUUGUUCCCCGUGGUGGAGUACGCCUACUGCACCAUCCCCACCUACCCCAGCGGCCAGAUCGGCUUCAUGCUGUGCAGCAAGAACCCGAGCACCAACUUCCGGGAACCGGUACAGCAGCUGAGCCAGCAACAGGUGGAGGCGAUGAGGCUGAGAUACUACAACUCCGACAUCCACCGCGCCGCCUUCGUGCUGCCCGAGUUCGCCCGCAAGGCCCUGAGUGACGUGUGAAGAGCCAGGAGAGCCUGCCACCGCCUCUCCCGUGGGCGUGCUGCCGGCGUCGCCCGCUCUUCGGCCCGGGGGGGACUCCGCCUCCGAGGGCGAUUGAACGGUCCCCCCCGCCGGCCGCCUCCAUCGCCGGCCGUGGACCCGUCCCUCCGCCCGCCCGCCGACCCAGCCUUCCGGCUCCCGGGACGGGCCUGCGGCCGAAAGGGCCUCGGGACUCCAGACUGCUCUGCCGGGCUGGGGAGUGGGGUGGAGGUCGACUGUCUGUCUCCAUCUCUCUCUGUGCCUCCCCCAGCGCCCAGCCACAUCCCCAAACAGCAUAUUUAUAACAGA